GGGCGGGACUCACCAGGGUCUGGUCCAGUUAAAAAGGUGGGAGCGGCCCGGGACCCAUCUCUCCUCUCGGUGGAGUCUUCAGACAGCUGGUGCAGCGGUCCCAGGAUCACCUUCUACCCUCAGCCAUGGCCUGUGGUCUGGUCGCCAACAACCUGAAUCUCAAACCCGGGGAGUGCCUCCGAGUGCGGGGCGAGGUGGCCCCUGACGCCAAGAGCUUCGUGCUGAACCUGGGCAAAGACAGCAACAACCUGUGUCUACACUUUAACCCUCGCUUCGAUGCCCACGGGGACGUCAAUGUUAUCGUGUGUAACAGCAAGGACGGUGGGGCCUGGGGUACCGAGCAGCGAGAGUCAGUCUUCCCCUUCCAGCCUGGCAGCGUUGUGGAGGUGUGCAUCUCCUUCGACCAGGCUGACCUGAGCAUCAAGCUGCCAGAUGGAUACUCAUUCAAGUUCCCUAACCGCCUCGACCUAGAGGCCAUCAGCUACAUGGCGGCCGACGGCGAUUUCAAAGUCAAGUGUGUGGCCUUUGAGUGAAGCCGCUGACCCACAGUCUCCAAUAAAGGCUGCUGCCUGUCAUGCCCCUGAA